GGAGGGGAAAAAAAACUCCCUGUGGCUUCCAGUUUCAGCAUCUAACUUGGUUUGGAGAGGAGAGGAGAGGCCACGACUGAGCCGCCAGUGUUCAGUUGGUGCAAAUAAUAACCCUCUCCACCAGCACAAGUAUGCUCCGCACUCAUUCCCUGAAGCAUUUUCAAAUUCCGCGUUACUUUCAAAACACAAUUCUUACUUCUAAUGUGGUGAAGUUUUCUACCUCAAAGAUGAUUUCAUCCAGACAUAAAAAUGCAAGAAGGAUUGAAGGACUAGAUAAAAAUGUAUGGAUUGAAUUUACCAAGCUCGCUGCCGAACCUGGGGUGGUCAACCUUGGUCAGGGUUUUUCAGACAUGCCACCUCCAAGUUACAUAAGAGAAGCCCUGGCUAAUGCUGCCCUUGGAGAAAAUUUUCUGAUAAACCAGUAUACAAGAGGUUUUGGUCACCCUCCAUUAGUGAAGGGACUUGCUGAGCUUUAUGGAAAUAUAUACAGGCAUCCAAUUGAUCCAUAUAAAGAAUGCCUCGUAACUAUCGGAGGAUAUGGUUCUCUGUUUAGUUCCAUACAAGGUCUGGUCGAUGAGGGAGAUGAGGUGAUAAUCAUUGAGCCAUUCUUUGAUUGUUAUGAGCCAAUGGUUAGGAUGGCAGGAGGGAUUCCGGUCUUCAUCCAGUUAAAGCUUAAGUCACUAAAAGAAGAAGUUGGACAUGCAAUAUCCAGUGGAGAUUGGGCCCUUGACCCUGAUGAACUUGCGAGCAAAUUUAAUUCUCGGACUAAGGCAAUAAUACUUAAUACACCCAAUAAUCCUUUAGGCAAGAUAUUUAAAAUGGAAGAACUGGAGGUGAUUGCAGAUCUGUGCAUUAAGCAUGAUGCUCUCUGCUUCAGUGAUGAGGUGUAUGAAUGGUUAAUUUACACUGGACAUCAACACAUAAAAAUAGCCACUUUGCCCGGAAUGUGGGAAAGGACAGUGACCAUAGGAAGUGCUGGAAAAACAUUUAGUGUGACUGGCUGGAAGCUUGGUUGGUCAAUUGGUCCAGAAAAUCUGAUAAAACAUCUUCAGACUGUUCAACAGAACUCCCUUUAUACUUGCCCUACUCCUAUACAGGAAGCUGUUGCUCAAGGUAUUCUCAAGGAGCUCGGCCGUUUGCAUGAUCAAGAAUGCUAUUUUUAUUCCCUACCCCGUGAGCUAGAAGUCAAACGAGAUCGUAUGGCAAAGUUUCUCCAAGUAGCGGGAAUGAAUCCAGUUAUCCCUGAAGGAGGAUUCUUCAUGAUUGCUGAUAUUUCUGUUCUAAAUCAAGAUCUCUCACAAGAUCCCUCGGAAGCGAAUCAGCCCUACGAUUACAGAUUUGUGAAGUGGAUGAUUCAAAACAAACGACUGGCAGCUAUACCCAUGACUGCAUUUGUCAGUGAUCCGUCUAAGAGACAUUUUGAGAAAUACAUUCGGUUCUGCUUUAUCAAGAAAGAUAGUACCCUGGAAUCAGCAGAGACUAUUUUCAAGAACUGGAAGCUGAAGACAUAGCUUCAUUAAAUCUAGACAAUAUUA